UUGCGCGAGUUUGGGUGAAACUAGUGAGUUCGUGCGGCAGUUUGUCAGCGGAGAAAAGCCCUUUUCCACCUCUGUUCGCAGUGUUGGACACCACGAGAAUCGCCCCAAGUGUUGUGUGCACACGGAGUGAGUGUUUUCCAGUGGGAUAGUGCGGAAAUAGCGCGGCGAGAGCAUGUCAGAGGCACAGCCAGCCAGUCCGAAGGUGGAGGAAAAUGACAAGACACCGCCCAAGAGGACACCGAGCAAGCGGAAGACCACACUGGAGCGCGCGCAGGCCGAGAGUGAGCAGCUGCUGAAGAUCAUGGGCGGAAAUGUGGAACUGGAAGGCGGUCGCAGGACGCGCUCGAGCACGAAGGCGACGACGCCAUCGACAAAGGAAGCCGUGACUCCGCCACCAGCCAAGAGGGCCCGCAACGCCGCUACAACACCGGCCAGCGGUCGCCGCGGCCGUCCCAAGAAGUUGGACAAUCACGAUGAGGAGGAAGCUGCCGAGGAGAAGAACGAAGAGGACAAGCCAGAGGAGAAUAACAAGGCGGAGAAGAGCACUGAGGCUGAAGCUCCCGCCAAAGUAGAUGAGAAGACCGAGACAAAGGCCGAUGAGAAGUCAGAGGAGAAGAAGGACGACGCCGCCGAGGCGAAGGCGGAGGAGAAGAAGACAGUUCAGCUGAGUAACAGCAAAAGUCCUGAGAAGAUGGAAGUGGACGCGUCGGUGGCGGAGAAGAAGGAGGAGAAGAGUGCGAGCAGCGAGUCAGAGACGCAAAAGCCCGAGUCAGCACCUGCAGCGGCACCCGAGGAGGAGAAGAAGAAGCCGGACGAGACAACGAAGGAGUUGGCCAAGACAGACACGCCAGAGCUGAAGGCAACUGAGGAGUCACAGAAAGUCGCUGCGUCGCCAGAGAAGAAGGAUCAGACGGACGCUGUGGAAUCUUGUGAACCGAAAAUAUCUCCGAAAACAACUGAGGAAGUCGCAGCUCCAUAAAUGCAGCCCUCCAAGCAACAAACACGCCCACACACAACAGGAUGAUUUUCAUUUGCAUCUUCAUGUGACCUUUUAGUUUACUUUACUCUCGUUAUUUUCUCCAACAUCUUCAUGCGAUGUCCGCCCGCAGACACACUGAGAAACGGUUGAUUUGGGCGGCGUGAGCAAUUGAAUUUUGCAAGAUUAAUCUUUUAGUUAGCAGACAGGAAAAGUGAUGGUCAAAUGAUGGAUAAAGAUGCAGUUGAGUAUUUGACACACAAACAUAGACAGAGCAACAGGCGGCAGAAGGAAAAAGGAACUCAAGAGGACACACACACUUUGUAUAUUAGCGUGAAGAACAUUAAUGUAAAUAACUGAAAGAUGUGGAGAGGAAAUAUUAAUGUACGUUAAGAAUAUGCAAAAGGAAGGAGAUACUUUUUCUAUAUAAUGGAAUGUAGUUCAUAAUUUACACUUGUUACACGGAUUAAAUUAAUACACUUACUUUGUCAUAUUGUAAGCAUUGAAAAACAAUGGGAGAAACAGCUAAAUUGAGCCCGAGUGCGAGGUUGGAAGCGAGAGCGCGCAGGUUUUUGGGCAAACGUGUGCGCCCCAAAUAUGUACAAAAAGAAAAUCAGGUGUUAUUGCCAUACAAUAUUUUUUCGUCUCUUAAUUUUGUAAUGAACUUUUGUGUAAUUCAAUGUUCUUUCUCAUUUUAUACUAUCGCAGUAAUGAUAAGAUCAUGUAGUUAUCAAACAUUUGAUCUGAAUAAUUUUUCUUCAUCUGUUGCGCGCGAGAAAGUGCAGAGUGGAAAACUUGUAAUCGCCACGUGAAAAUGUUGUUGAUUUGAUAAAAAUUCACCGCGUCUGCUGUUGAUAAUGGGAUUGUACAAUUUCUGUGCUGCAGGAGAGAUGAAAUAAGAAAAGAAAUCACACUUCCAACAAAAUACAAACUGAAGUACAUAAGAUAAAAGCAAUAAAAUAUCACACAUAAGAGAGAUUCACAAGAAAUUAACGUCUUCGUUAUAAAUGGUAUGAAAAUGAAGAGAGUAGCCGCAGAGUGAAUUUUCAUCAAGGAACUCCUGAAUGAAGUGUUGUAUUCCAAGAUUUGGGAAGAAGAGCAGAGGAAAAGAUACCCAUAAAAUGUAAGAGAAGAGGAAAAUUUGUGAAAAUGCCAUUAAUGUUCUUUUUAGAGAAGAGAGAGAAAGAGGAGAAGGAAUACCUUUAUAUUUUAUAUCAAUAUUGAUUUGUAAGGAAGGCGUGAGAAUUAGUCUGGAGAUGCGAAAAGCAAGAAAGAGAGAGAGAGAGAGUGUUAGUGAAAUAGUUCUGUUUCUUUCCAAUUACAUUUUCAAAAAAAAAAUUGUACGUUCUGUCAAUGAAUGUUUUUUUUCCACCUUUCAAUUGAGAGGGAGAACACGGAAUCCGAUACAGAAAAAAACCGAGUGAAAUGUUUUUCUUUUCUAUAGAAGUCUUCAGAAAUUUUGUCAGAUGAAAUUUAUAAUAAAUGACUCUUAAAAAUAACAA